GAUAACAACAACGAUGAGGAAUGCUGUUGCAGUCACGGCGACACCAGACAAAAGCCGUGGGGUGAACAAGGGGUUUAGUGAUGAUGAGAUAGAUGCUAUUCUCCAGUCUUACCUCUUAGAUGUCGACAACAAACGCAAAGCUAUGAAGUUACAUCUUGAUAGAUCGGUUAGUGCAUUCACAGCACGCUCUCUCUCUAUUCUAGCCAGCGUACCAAAAGCACUGCACGGUCUUACUUUAGGAGAAUUCGAGGAUAAAUUUGGUGGUGAUCUUGUCCGAGCGGUACGUGGUGAGGGUGUACGUGAUGCAGCCCAUGAUUUGGAAGACAAAGACCGCGAAGAGGAGUGGGAAGCUGCCAGGAAACGCAAGAGGUUCGAGACGAAGGAUGGCUCGCAAAGUCCGCAACCAGAGACAAAGAAGAGUACACGCAAGAACACACGUUCGAAAACGACGACCAGCAAGUCAAAAAAGACAGGGACACGCACACGUUCUACACGCUCUCAGUCGAAAGCUAAAGAAGCGGACAAUAGUGAUACGGGGAGCACGACAAAUUUCCCACACGCUGAUACCUUUGAACCAAACUUAGAUGAGCUCCCCGAUGAGGCCGAGGUCGAGGCAGAAGUCAGGGCGAAUAUCGUCAAUAAUGCGGACAAGACCAAGAAGAACGAGAAGCGCCGUCCAUCUAUACAACUCGUCGAUAAAUUUGGUGGCCUCAACGAGCUUCCACAGACAUCCAGCAAUGAGACACGGUAUAUGCAUGACACUGCGACACUCUUUAUUCCACUACCAGAUGGCACACGACUUGCAGUUGAUCCUGCAAGAGCUGAGCCUGAAGAGCUCAACAAGUUAGAGGGCGUUUCUGACGAAAUGAGAGAUAUAGUUAGGAGAGAAAUAGAAAGAAGGAUGCAAGAGUUAGUUGGUUUAAUAGACAGAUGGAAAACUUGAUUAUUUUGUAAUAUUUUCCGUUCUUCAAUGUAUUUGUAAUUUUCCUUAUCAAACGAUAUAUUCAUACCGAAGAUGAAAAAAUUAAGACAAAAGCGGCCAGAGAUAUAGAUGCAAACUGGUGGAGUUAUCGGUCUAGGAUUUGACAUAAUAGUUAAAUAAAGGUACAAAUGGUGAUUCUGACAAGCGCAUACGUCAAUACACGUUUGACAGAUUUAUGACAACUCGCUAGAUUGAUCUUCACAUUCCUUAGUUUGGAUCCCGUAGUUUCUCGUAUCCAAGUAAGUUGAUAAGAGCACACGAUCAAGAUGGAAAAACAA